AUGGGCAAAAGCGGGGUGAAUGAGGUGACAGAUGAGUCUGUGCCUAGACAAGGUUCUACAGUUGAGAGGGAUGUCGAUAAUGUCGUUGGAGAUCUUGACGGUGACGAGCAACAAAAUCAAGACGAAUCCACCUCUGAGAAGGAACAGAAUGACAUGAUGCACUCCAUAACCCGCAUCUCAACCGAUCCCUACGGCAACACCUAUCCCGAAGGUGGUCUCGAAGCCUGGCUCGUCGUCCUAGGCAGCUUUCUCGGACUAUUCGGCGCUAUGGGCCUCGUCAACACAAUCGGCACAUUCCAAACAUACAUCUCAACGCACCAACUCCAAACUUAUGAUUCCGGUACCAUUGGCUGGAUAUUUGGUAUCUAUGCCUGUCUCACUUUCUUUUGUGGACUACAGAUCGGUCCUGUGUUUGAUGCCAAGGGCCCACGGUGGCUUGUUCUUUCGGGUUCGGUGUUGAUACUGGUGUCGACGAUUGUGUUGGGGUUUUGUCAGAGGUAUUGGCAUUUCAUGCUUGUGCUAGGCGUGCUUAUGGGUAUUGGCACAUCGCUUAUAUUCACGCCCUCCAUCGCGGCAGUGGGUCAUUUCUUUUACGAGCGCAGAGGUGAAGCAACGGGUAUAGCUGCCAUGGGUGGUUCAGUCGGCGGCGUCGUUUUUCCCUUGGUCCUUGAAGCGUUGUUCCCCAAAAUCGGGUUUGCGUGGGCUACAAGAGUGAUUGCGUUGUUUUGUUUGGUGUCCCUGGGGAUGGCGUGUAUAUUGAUUCGAUCUCGGCUACCCCCUAAGCCGGCUUCGAAGGAGAAUAUUUUACCUGAUUUUCGAAUCUUUCGUGAUCCUAUAUUCACGCUUACCACGGCAGGGGUGUUUUUGAUUGAAUGGGGGUUAUUUGUUCCCGUGACAUACAUCUCUUCUUAUGCAUUAGCGGAACGGUUCUCGCCGAGUUUCUCCUAUCAAAUCCUGGCUAUUCUAAACGCUGGUUCUGCGUUUGGGAGAUGGUUACCAGGAUAUAUUGCAGAUUACCUUGGUCGAUUCAACACCAUGAUUCUUGCUUGUCUGGGCUGUUUGGUAACUACCGCCUGUCUCUGGUUACCUGCCGGCAGCAGUUUGGCAUUGUUGAUUGUGUAUUCGGUUUUGUUUGGAUUUUUUAGCGGAAGUAAUAUCAGUUUGACCCCGGUUUGUGUGGGUCAGCUGUGUAAGACGGAGCAUUAUGGGAGGUAUUAUGCUACUGCUUAUACGAUUGUUAGUUUGGGAACAUUAACUGGCGUCCCGAUCGCAGGUGAGAUUCUGUCUAGAUGUAGUGGUCACUACUGGGGUCUUAUUGCAUUUGUGGCGUGUUGUUAUUUCAGUGGAGCAAUUGCAUUUACGACUGCAAAGUUGCUCAAGGUAGGAUGGAGACAUCCUUGGGUUGUUUUUUAG